AUGUUUCUGCGCUCGCUAGGCGUACUGCCUGUGUUGGCGGGGUUGAGUGGUGUCAGUGUCCACCAUUUGCUGUAUCGCCAUGGCGAGUGGGAUUUAAAGGGAGUUGACAUGGUCAUCUUCUACAUGAUUCUGACACUUGCUCUGAUCGCGUUGCAAUACUCAUCGAUCCUCCCCCUAACCGAAGUCCUCCAACGGCCCAACUGGGCUUGGGAUAUUGUGAAGUACCAUAUUCUGGGUGUUUAUACCAGCAUGUUGCUUUAUCGCGCAGCAUUCCAUCGCCUCAAUCGGUUCCCUGGCCCGUUUCUUGCCCGACUUUCCAACUUCUACGUGACUUCGCUGGCAGCCAAGAAGUUACAUCUCUAUGAGGAAACUGAGAGGCUGCAUGAGAAGUAUGGCGAUUACGUGCGAAUAGGUCCAACCGAGUUGUCAAUUAGAGAUCCCGCAGCUGUCAAGCUGAUCUAUGGCUCGUCAGCCAAGGUUGCCAAGGGUGUAUGGUACACCUGUAGUGAGCCUCGCAUAUCCCUUGAGACGGUCAGAGAUAAGAAAGCACAUGCGAUGCAGAGGAAAGUAUGGGGCCAGGGGUUUAGCUCACAAGCGUUGAAACAUUACGAGCCGCGUCUCUCGUCCUAUACGGCUCAACUUCUUACUGCGAUAGACAGCCAUCUAGGGCAGUCGAUGAAUGUGACGCAAUGGUUUAACUAUUUUUCAUUUGACGUGAUGGGUGAUCUGGCAUUUGGCAAGGCGUUUAAUAUGCUGGCAGAAGGCAAAGACCAGUACUUUCUCACGCAGCUACGGGGUAAUAUGAAAGCAAUUGGUCUUACUAGCCAUCUGUCAUGGAUCUUUCCAUUUUUCAAGAGAAUCCCAGGUUUAAACGCUGGGUAUUUGAAAAACCUACAGUGGCUCGCAGAGCAGGUGGAUUGGAGGAUCAAGAAUCCGCCUCACAGUCCUGACAUCUUUUCAUGGGUUCUUCAGGGAUACGAAAAUGGCCCUAUGACCAAGCAAGACUAUGCCAACCUUACGUGUGAUGCUGAGCUCAUCUGUGUUGCUGGAAGCGACACGACAUCCGCCACAUUGACCAAUAUGUUCUUCCACCUUGCCAAAGAUCAAACUCUUUAUAAGACGCUUCAAGCUGAGCUGGAUGCGCUGGAAGAUUUGACACAGGAGAGCUUAACAGAGGUCAAGCUGCUCGAGGCAGUGACCAAUGAGACUCUUCGUUUGCAUCCAGCUGUACCUUCCGGGCUUCAGCGAUUAACUCCACCAGAAGGGCUACAAAUUAAUGAUACCUAUAUCCCCGGAGAUGUCAUGGUUUGUAUACCGAUGCAUUCUUUAUUUAGAGAUGAGCGUGUAUUCCCGCAACCGACCGAAUUCAUUCCUGAACGCUGGACUACCAGACCCGAGCUCGUCAAAGACCCAUCAGCACUGUUCCCGUUUGGGGGUGGGGCGUAUGUGUGUGCAGGAAAGCAGCUUGCCUGGAUGGAAAUCCGCCGAGUGGUUGCAGAGAUAGUAACGCAGUAUAAUGUCACGUUUGCACCUGACCAUAGUGAUGAUGCAUUUCUAGAUGCCGCGGUUGAUGCGUUUACAAUCGUCCCGGGUCCUUUGAAAUUGACCUUCCAGAAAAGGUAGAGACCAGCGUGGUACCUCCCUUCGACUCUUGACGCAGAGACAUCGAAAUUAGUAUGUUUUGACACAAAUUCCAUACCUUUGGCGAUGCACGAAGAGCACACUAGACGAAGACGCGAUAGCUCUGAAGGUGUAGUGGUGACCAAGGUGGAUUUAUGAUUCGCGGUAAGUAAAC